AUGGCUGAAGCUGUGAGACAACCUAUCAAUCAAGCCCGUCUUGAAGCCUAUCUAUCUAAAAAUUUACCUGAAGUCACAACACCGAUACAUAUCAAACAGUUUAAAUUUGGUCAAUCGAAUCCUACCUAUCAGUUGACGGCUAGGAGUGGGAUAAAGUAUGUAUUGCGCAAGAAGCCGCCAGGACAGCUGGUAUCAAGUACUGCGCAUCAAGUGAAGAGAGAGUAUCAGGUCUUACACGCUCUUCAAAACACAGAUGUGCCGGUCCCAAAGGUUUAUUGUUACUGCGAUGACGAGAGAGUUCUAGGAACACCAUUCUAUGUCAUGGAAUAUCUAGAUGGAAGAAUCAUGGAAGAUCCUGGAUUAUCAAACUUGAAAUCAAGCGAGAGGCAUGAAAUGUGGUAUGAUGCUUUUCGUUCGCUAUCGAAGCUUCAUCGCAUUAAUGUGGUUGACGUUGGUCUGCAGGAUUUCGGCAAACCAUCGGGAUUUUUUGACCGCCAGAUCAAAACCUUAGCCACCAUCAGUCAAGCUCAAGCGACAGUCCAAGAUCAAGAGACAAAAGAAAUUAUCGGCAGUAUACCUCAUUUACAUGAAAUGCUCAGUUAUUUUAGCGACAAAGUGACUCAACCACGAGAUAGGAACACUCUAAUACACGGGGACUUUAAGAUCGAUAAUCUUGUCUUCCACAGAACGGAACCCAGAGUCAUAGGCAUUCUUGAUUGGGAAAUGUCGACUUUGGGUCAUCCACUAUCAGAUCUUGUUAACCUCAUCGCACCUUAUACAUUUGGUAAUCAAUUAAGCUGUAAAGUUCUCCCAUCUUUGACGACUGAUGCAUUACUCGGCUUGCCCUCGCUCAAAGAACUCAUAAAAUAUUUUACAACUUUGACUGGCUGGGAUCCAACGCCUGACUUAAUGUGGGGAGUAGCGUUUGGGCGCUUCCGGACGACGGUCAUCCUUCAAGGGAUCGCAUCAAGAUAUCUACUUGGGCAAGCCACCAGUCUCCUGGCCCAAGAAAAUGCUAGAGCGAGGCAUGUCGUAGCCGAUAUUACUUGGGAACAGAUACUAGCGAACAAAAGCAUUAAAAUUAAAUCGAGUCUGUAG